UUUGUUUUAAUCAUUCAGUACAAGUGGGAGACAUGAAUGUGAACUUUUUUUGUUUAUUUUCAAUUUUUAAGUUAUAGGUUAUUAUUAAACUUAUCAAGUACAAAACAUUAAUCACACAUUUUGUAUUUAUGUGAAAGUGUACGAAAUUUAUUAUUUUGUUUUUUUGUAUAUGAACCGAAUAUAUUAAAAUUAUGAACUAUGAGUUAUGUUAGCGAUUUAAGUCAGUCCAACGAAUAUUUAAGUUUUCGUAGUAAUGUUCCAUUAAAAAGAAUAGUUGUUGAUUCUGAUAACUCGAAGGGAUGGAGAAUAUAUGAUUGUGGACCUAAAACAGUUAACUGUCCUUUAAUAUGUCUUCCACCGGUAUCUGGUACUGCAGAUAUAUUCUUCAAACAAGCUUUGGUUCUCUCAGCAAAAGGUAUAAGAGUAAUUUCUGCAGAAUCUCCCGUAUAUUGGAGCGUACUUGAGUGGUGUGAAGGUUUUAGAAAAUUGCUAGAUCAUUUACAUCUUGACAGAGUUCAUAUAUUCGGAUGUUCUUUAGGGGGAUAUCUAGCUCAAAAAUUUGCUGAAUUUACAGUAAACAAUCAACGAGUAGCAUCAUUGAUAUUAUGUAAUACAUUCACUGAUACUUCCAUAUUCAACAAUCAUGAUUCGGCUGCAAUAUUUUGGAUACUGCCUGCUUUAGUACUGAAGAAAAUGAUCAUGGGUAAUUUUGGAUCUUCGAAGGUAGAUCCAGAUAUGGUAGAAGCCAUAGAUUUUAUGGUUGAAAGAUUAGAAACGUUACCUCAGACUGAGUUAGCAAGCAGGUUAACACUCAACUGUCUUAGAGGUUACGUAGAAGUUAAUCAACUUAAAGAUUUAUCAGUUACGAUAAUAGAUGUAUAUGAUGAAUCUGCUCUAUCAACUUCAGUUCGAGAAGAAUUAUACAAAUGCUACCCAAGUGCCAAAUUAGCCCACCUCAAAUCAGGAGGUAAUUUUCCAUACCUUAGUCGAUGUGCUGAAGUUAACCUCCAUCUUCAGAUUCAUCUUAGACAAUUUGAUAAUACAGCAUAUGCUGCGUCGGAUAGGCCAUUGAUUAACAAAAAUUCUCAUUAGAUAUAAUUUAUAUUUCCUAUAUUUGAUAUAAAAUUUUUUAAAUGUAUACUAUAGCGAUGCUAUAGAGUGAGAUUCUAUAUGUCGAUAAUUAUUUAGAUCUGGUAGUUGUAAGAUGUUCCAAAAAAAAAAAAGAAAAAGAAGAGACCAAAUAUCUGUAUCCUAAAUACUCGAUAAUUUUUAUGUUUGUAUUAAAUAUUUAUUUUUA